UGUUGCGCACAUUUUGGAGCCUUGGAGGGGAGAGAGAGAGAGAGAGUCGUUGGUUGUUUUUGUUGUUGGAACGACUCGGUUUCAGAGAACAAGAACAUCUUCAGCACCAUGAUCUCCUUCUCCUCUCUAUCUCUAGCCAUGAAUUGAAUCUCUCUAGGCCAACACAAGAAAAGGUGUUGGUGUUCUUGAAGGAAAAAAAAAAAACCAAUUAUAUAUAUAAAUAUAUAUAUAAUUUUUUUUUUUAAAGAACAAUUUGAUGGGCACGUUCCAGAGCUUUAGGAAGGCCUAUGGAGCUCUGAAGGACUCUACCAAGGUUGGCCUCAUCAAGGUCAACAGCGAAUUCAAGGAUUUGGAUAUUGCCACGGUGAAGGCCACCAGUCACGUUGAGUGCCCUCCGAAGGAACGCCAUGUUCGAAAGAUUUUCUCUGCAACAUCUGUGACACGUCCACGGGCAGAUGUGGCAUACUGCAUUCAUGCUCCGGCCAAGAGAUUGUCCAAGACUCGGAGCUGGAUUGUUGCCAUAAAGACAUUGAUAGUUAUUCAUAGAACAUUGAGAGAGGGUGAUCCUACAUUUAGAGAAGAGCUUCUAAACUAUUCUCAGAGAGGACACAUUCUCCAAAUUUCCAAUUUUAAAGAUGACUCAAGUCCCCUUGCUUGGGAUUGCUCUGCUUGGGUUAGGACAUAUGCCCUCUUUCUAGAAGAACGGCUGGAGGGUUUCCAGGUUCUGAAGUAUGACAUCUAGUCGGAGCGUUUGACAAAAACAUCACCAGGAUCAACAAAGGUACAUAGUAGAACACGAACAUUGGCUGCCAAUGAGCUGUUGGAGCAACUACCUGCACUGCAGCAACUUCUUUACCGCCUCAUGGGCUGCCAGCCUGAGGGAACAGCUUUUAACAACUACCUCAUACAAUAUGCCUUAGCUCUGGUUUUAAAAGAGAGCUUUAAAAUAUAUUGUGCCAUCAACGACGGAAUUAUAAAUCUUGUUGACAUGUUCUUUGAUAUGUCAAGACAUGAUGCAGUUAAAGCUCUCAAUGUUUAUAAAAGAGCUGGCCAACAGGCCAAAGCCCUAGCUGAUUUUUAUGAAUAUUGCAAGGGUUUGGAUCUUGCUAGAACUUUUCAGUUUCCAACAUUGAGACAGCCACCUCCAUCCUUUCUUGCAACAAUGGAGGAGUAUAUAAAGGAAGCGCCGCAGUCCGGUUCUGUUAACAAGAGACUGGAAUACCAGGAGACAGACCAGCAGCCUCAGAAACCUGAAGAACCUCCUCCUCCUCCAGAGCCUGAAAAACAAGAAGAAGAAGUUGAGGAGAAAACGGAGGAAGAGGAAGAACGCCAACCUAAGGAAGAGGUAGUUGAACCUCCCCCUUUGAUAUCAACGGACGACACUGAUCUUCUGGGUCUAAGGGAAAUAAAUCCAAAAGCUGCAGAAAUUGAAGAAAGCAAUGCCUUGGCUCUUGCAAUAGUUCCACAAGGGAACGAACAACAAUCUGGAGCAAGUUUCAAUGAUCUUGCUGGGACUUCAGGCUGGGAGCUAGCACUGGUGACCACACCAAGCAACCAUACAAGCCAAGUGCCCAUGGACAAGAAGUUUGCUGGUGGCUUUGACAAGCUAUUACUUGAUAGCUUGUAUGAAGAUGAAGGUGCCAGGAGACAGAUACAGCUCCAGAACGCAGGCUAUGGCUACGGUGCAACGAGCUUGCAUAACCCGUUUGAACAACAAGCACAACAUCCUGUGCAGGAUCCAUUUGCAAUGUCCAACAACAUAGCACCCCCAACCAACGUGCAAAUGGCGCUAAUGGCUCAACAACAACACCAACAUCAGCAAAUCCUGCAGCAACAGAACCAGCAAUAUCAACAGCAGCAGAACAUGAUGAUGGUGCCUCACCCUUAUUAUUCUCAAUACCCCCAACAGAUGCAGCCCCCGGGUUCUUCGAACCCGUUUGGAGAUCCAUUCAGCUUCCCUCCUAGUUCAACGCCACACCAGGGAAACCAACACCUAAUAUAGAGGUCAUUUGUUUCAUGAUUUAAUUCCAGCUUAUUCUUUGAUUCUUUGGAGUAGUGUGAGUUUGAGAAGCUCAUUCUUUGUUUAACUCUGUAUAUUGUUUUGGAGGGCUAUUGACAAUGGAAUGCAUACAAAUUGAUGUGUUAA